UGUUCCCGAGGGCACAGGGUCUCUCCAGCUGUCUGCUUCCAUCAAGGCCCCAGGUUGCAGCCCCCCAGGCACGGAGCUCGGCAAGCCCCUCUCAUCCCCAAGAAUAAACUCUGAAGCCAGUGGCUGUGUGGACCUGAAUCAUCGGGGGCCCGGUGGAGGAGAGGGAGUGACUUCCCACGACAGACGAGCAGACUAUAUAAGCUCCUGAGGGCUGGGCACUGCUCAGAUCUCUUCCACGGACUACUGCCUGCCAGAGAGGCCCUUCAGAGAGCCAGCUGUUGCACAGCACCCACCAUGUCCGAGGCUGGUGCUCAGGAAGCCCCCAUCAAGAAGAAGCGCCCCCCUGUGAAGGAGGAGGACCUGAAGGGGGCCCGAGGGAAUCUGACCAAGAACCAGGCCAUCAAGUCCAAGACCUACCAGGUCAUGCGGGAGUGUGAGCAAGCUGGUGAGGCCGCCCCGUCGGUGUUCAGCCGCUCCCGGACAGGCACUGAGACCGUUUUUGAGAAGCCCAAAGCUGGACCUGCCAAGAGCAUCUUUGGCUGAGAAGUGCAUGCCACUACCCUUGCCAUCCCGAGCACCACGGCACAGAAGCCUUUAACAAGAACAUUUCUUUUUUUUUUAAUGCCAGAUAAUGCUCUUCCCUCCUGCUGACUCUGGGACUGCCCCCGCCCCCUCCCCCACCCCCACUGCCCUGGCACUUCAGCCGU